GGUCAGAACUCGAAAUUGUGAAACAACUAUUUAAAUAAUUUUACAUUUUUGUGGCAUAAAGUUUUAUCUUUAAAAAUGACGGAUGUAAAAGUGAAAGUUGAAUUACAAAGUGAUGGAGAAGAUUAUGAAAUUGAUAUUGAAUCGGAUACAGACAAUGUUCAAAGAAACCCCAUUGACUUGUUAAGAAAUGGACCGUUCACAAAUUUCUCAAUCGAAGAAAUAUUGAAGCCAGAGUUCGGCCUGCGGAAAAGACAGAGUGUUUUUGGUCAAUUAAACAGACCUAGUCCCAAGUCUUCUCCAAAAGAACAAGAUGAAAACAAGUCACCAGUCAAUGUCUCUACAAAAGUGCUCCCCCUCCCUGCCUGGGUCUACUGUACCAGAUACUCAGACAGGCCAUCUUCUGGUCCAAGAUCCAGAAAAAUCAAGAAACAAAAGGAGAAAUCCCCACAGGACGAUAAAAGACCCAGAACGGCGUUCUCCAAUGACCAGCUUCAAAGGCUGAAGGUAGAGUUCGACAAGUGCCAGUACCUGACGGAACAGCGGCGAUUAGAGCUCGCCAAAACCUUAAAUCUCUCAGAGGGACAAAUCAAGAUCUGGUUCCAGAACAAGCGAGCUAAAGUCAAAAAAUCUUCAGGAGGAAAGAAUUUUCUAGCGCUCCAUUUGAUGGCCCAGGGACUAUACAACCACUGCACAGUUCCAGUGGACGGAAUGGAAUAGUGUCGUAAUUCUGACAAAAUUCAGAGAACUUGAAUAUUUGUAUAGUCAUUUUUACAAUGGCAAAUUCAAAAUCAAACCCUAUGGAAUUCGAAGCAAGGCUGUGAUAAAAAACAUAAUGAAAAAAAUGUUGUGUAUAUAGAUACCAAAUUGUAUAGAAAUUUACAAAUUUUCAUGAUAUAUAUUAUACAUAGUACUAGCGAUGUUGGUACGUGUUUUUUUGCAAAUGUGAGACGAUAUAGUAAAUGUUUCCUAUAUAUUUCUUUGUUGUAAUUUGACUGUAACAAGGACCGUGAUAUCUAUUUCUAGCGUUUUGUAAAUGUUGUGAUAGAAGUUUUAUAUUUAUUACAUUGUACAAUUAUAUUAUA